AUGCGUGGGCCGUGCUGGACAUGUCGCAAGCGCACUAUUCAGUGCGAUCAAUCCCGCUUUCCAUGCGCCAAAUGUGAGAAGGCGGGGCUGGAAUGCCUCGAUAAAAGACCAUUGAGAUGGGUGAAAGGCGUAGCAAUUCGCGGUAAGAUGAGGGGACAAGGUUUCGACACAAAUAAAUCACCUCUAGCACAGCCUAGGCGAAAACAACUGUUGCCAAAUGCCCAGAAAGGGUGGGCUAUGGAAGCUGGUCCUUCGCCUGCGUUGCCGGAUCCUCAUAUAAGCAGCGUGGAGAGAUUUUAUAUCGACUACUACGAAAAACGUGUUUGCAAACUGUACAUCUUGUACGAUAGUGACAGCAACCCUUUCCGCAAAUUACUUCCUUACGCUCUGGAAGAUGUGGCUUUGCAAAAGUCCAUAGUCGCUCUGGCAGCGCGGCACUUUGCCAACACGGGAUAUUCUUUUGAUCGGAUAGAGGCGAAUAGUUCACAUCGAUAUGAAAAAGCUGAACUAUCUGCACUGCAGUUCAAAAAGCAAUCUAUAGAUGCUCUAUCCCGUUCACUGUCGCAUACAGAGUCCUGUAAGAAGGAUGCGACACUGGCAAGUAUCUUAUUACUGAUAUUUCUUGACCUUCUCGAGUCGGGGAUUGAUGGCUGGAGUUUGCACAUUCAAGGUGCCAAAGUCAUACAUCAGUUACUAGCCGAGCUGGGCUCCAAUGGCGAUACCAAAGUAGACCAUGGGCAGACGGCCACGGAGAUAAGACAGUUCAUCACCAGGCAGCUUUUUUUAAUUGAAACACUCGGAACCGCGUUUUCAAGUUCGACGCCAGUAUUUGAAAGCCCUGUCGAAGGUCAAGAGAGCAUACACCAAGAAUCCAUUGUGAGGAGCUUUUUGGGAUGCCCCGAAUUCAUUUUAAGAGCGAUAUCGUUCUUUUCCAAUCAGCGAGCUCUUAUGGAAUCUCAAAGAAGUACUAUCGAUACCAUCGCCAUGCUCGAAUUGACUGAAGAGUUCAACUGCUUUGAAUGGGCAUCGAAUUUCCAGCAACCCGAACCGUCUUCCACCAAGGAAAUCGAUCAGCUCUGUAUGCUAUCCCAAGCCUACAAAAAUGCUGCUUUGCUCUAUGGAAGGCAUGUCCUUGGCCCAUGGACAGACACAACGCGAAAUGAUGAGUUGGUAUCUCAAUUGCUUCGUCUGGUGGAAACUCUUAAAAACAAUGCGACAUUGUUUAAGUGCCUUCUCUGGCCGACGUUUAUGGCCGGUCUUGGUAGCCAAGCACAAAGCCAAAAAGAUGCUGUCAUCGGACUUCUAGGGAGUCUCUGGGAUUCGACGAAUUGUUUAAAUGUGAUUAGUGCUUCGAAAAUUCUGCAAGACUACUGGAAAAAGAAAGAACAGACAGACACUCGAAUACAGGGGACGACUGGCAUAGACGAAUUGGCUUAUGGCUGGCUUCUUAUAUAG